AUGCAUCAAUCACGUGGCAAUAAUUGUCGAUCACCCUCGGGCAAUCGUGUUGACGACGAGAACCUGAAAGAAAUGUCUGAGGAUUUACUUAUUCGUGAUAAACGACGAUUUGAUUUACGUAUUCAAGAACUUCAAGCCUAUCUUGAAAAAUCCAAUAGUAACAAAUUGAUUAUGAAAUUAGCUGAACCAGCACUCAACAUACUUUUCGAACAGUUUCAAGAAAGAUCUCAUGAAACUAGUCGAUCUGAACUUGCUCAUUGUAUUGGAUUAAUAGGCUAUGUUAUGUUAAAUGAAGGCGAACUAAAAUUUGCUGAAUGGAUUUUUGAAUGUUUAAAUGAAGUACGAACAGUGAUGUUCAAACACAAUUAA